AUGGGCUUCAAACGAAACACAAACUUCCGAGUAAACGACAGUGUCGUCAAUGAUAGUCCAGGAAACGGCAAUACUUUUUCGACGCAGGUUGGGGACAACUUCUACCAUCAACAUUUCUCUGGAACCGAGUCAGGCCUUUCAAAUUUAUCCAGCCGGGUCGCCUUUAACGCUCUUCAUGAUGCAGAAGCUCGUUACCCUCAGCCCAACGUUCUACUUGGCACUCGGGAAGAGAUUAUCGGGAAAUUGACCCAUUGGUGCGAGGAUGACUCGAAGAGCAGCAGAGUAUACUGGGUCAAUGGUGCUGCUGGAGUAGGGAAGUCUGCAAUUGCACAGGCCCUUUCCGAAAAGUACACCCAAACCGGACAACUAGCAGCGGCAUUCUUUUUUUCAAGGAACGAUUCCAGUCGGGAUAAGCUUGAUCCAUUUGUCGCUACCAUUGCCCAUCAGCUUGCGACUUGCAAAGCCCUUAAACCCCUUAUCGCACCUCUCAUCGACCACGUCGUCCGCUCAACGCCUGGGAUUUGGCAUAAAGGUUUGGAGGAUCAGUUUAGAAUGUUGAUACAAGAACCAUGUGCUAGGGUAGCCUGGGAUCAACUUCCACGACUUGUCAUCAUUGAUGGCGUCGACGAAUGCAUCGAUGUGAACUCUCAGAAGAGACUGCUCCGGAUGAUUCAAAAUGCGACCCCCACUCUUCCCCUCGACUUUCUCAUACUCAGCCGACCGGAACGACAUAUCUCUCACAUCUUCUCUCACGAAUCCUUUAUUCCACAUCCUUCCCGCUUGGCAUUGGGUGAUUUCGCAGAGUCCGUUCGGGAUGAUAUAAAACGAUAUCUUUGCCGUGAAUUUGCUCGCAUUCGGGAGGAGCACUGGAAUACCUUACCCAGUCCACAGGCCUCGUGGCCUGGUGACUACGUGAUAGACCAGUUGGUAUCCAAAGCCACUGGACAGUUCAUAUUUGCAACCACCACAACGAAGUAUAUCGACACAGGAAAAGAGCCCGCAACACCCGUGCUACGGUUGGACAUUAUACUUCACGCAAAAAGAUUGGUGAAUUCUUCGUCUCCCUACCCCGAACUGGAUCUGCUAUAUUCUCAGAUCUUACAAUACUGUGGCUAUGGAUUUGGCGGGAAACUUCAGGAGAUUUUGCGGUUGAUCGUGAGCCCUUUUUAUGAGGAAGACGACUUCCGACCCUUCAACAAGUUUCAGUUAGAUGGCUCGCCUCUAGCCGCUUUUCAAAGCUUAUGGGCUCUCGAACAACUGAGCCAACUGAGCCAAGGCGAGGCUGCAGCCCUCCUGUCCGGCUUACAUUCGAUUCUCGCCAUCCCUUCCUCCAAAACGGAGGGGAUAGUUGUUCUGCAUGCGUCCUUUUCCGAGUUUCUCCUUGAUGCACAACGUGCAGGCGUGUACUACGUGGGGACAAAGCUUUCCUCCCAGGAGUGGUUACAAUUACUCAUUCCGUGCCGAAUUCGAAUGCUUUCCCGUUAUUGUGUUGAAGACAAGCAUUGGUCUAUGCAAAGCCCCCCAAUUCACGGCCAACAAAUAGAUAGGGUCGAUGAUGGCGAUCUCGGUUCACUCAACGUUUGGAAGUAUCUAGACGACAAUUGGACAACUAUCGCUGUCAAUGACCAGGUCACAGCAGCUCUCAGUGUAUUCGAUCCCCAUCUGUACCUCACUACAAUACUUCACUGGCAUUACAGAACAAAGUCAGAUCACGCACUCAAUUUCAAGGUUAAAAAACCCGAAACUUAUGGUCGAGACCAUAUAGCAGCAGUGCGAAUGCAAAUAGGCAUGUUCUACAGAGCUUAUCGAAGGUUGUUGAAGAUAUCCGAUAAACGCUCUCGUAACUGCCUUCAGGGUUUUUUCACCAAGUGCAAGUCUUUCUUUCGUGGUUUCUGCGUGACAUUCCCUAGCCACCUUAGCAACAAUCUGGAAAAAGCUGUAAAAGACAUGCUUGUCGCAUGCUAUUUAUCCAUCUGUCGCUCCCGAGACUGCUCUCUCAUUGCAGAAACUGUUUCGUUGGUAAGGGCAGUAGAGCCGUUUGUGGGCCCUGAUCGCAAGAUGAUCCGAGUGCUGCCUUCUAAUAGUGGCAUCGCGAUUCCAUCCAGAUGGGAGGUCAAAUAUAUCGACGCAACCGAAGGGGAGCUUCUUUGCAAGCUUCUUGCACUCCAGGGCUUUGGUGUGUCGAUUUAUCCACAAAGGAUCAUGAAAGCUUUGGAAUCGACUGAAAUUGAACACUGGACACAUGAAGUCGCUCGGUUGGAUUGGAAAAAGACAUGGAAAACUUAUUUGCUAGGAAAGGUGGCUCAGUCAAUGCAGAGGAAGCAGGUGAUGGGUAAGGUAGUCUACUUGGAAGACGAACAUGAUUCAGAAUGCCAACCAGUACAUUCGUCACCUGUAUGAUCGUGUUAUGCAGAAUGAUACAGUAACCUG